AUGAUCAACAGUGCUACAAAUUUAUCACAUCCUACUGAGGGCGAACCUAAGCACAGGUUUACUUCAAAAAUAUCCUCGCCCACUAAGAGAACUCUGAAUAAUAAGAACUAUCUCGCGGAAGAUGCGCCUGCAUAUCAUUUCAAGCCCAACCUAGAGGAAGAGCUAAAUGAUAAAUUGAAGAUAUCGUCUUUAGAAGUGCCUGCUGACUUCAAGAAGGAUGAGAAUCUAGAGCCCUUACCCCAAAGACAGCAAGGAUUCCCCAAUAGAAAUUAUAAAAAUAUUUUAGAAACCAAUGGAAUGCCAUUGAGACACGGGUAUCCUUAUCAGCCACGCCAUGAUACUAUAUCGUCUGCGCCCGACUAUAGAACUAGACUGUCCCCCACAAAGAACUCCAAAGCUACAAAUUCGAAGUCUAGGAAUCCUCGCUGUAAAGAAAAAAAUGACGCUUCCCAAGUACCGACCUUAAACAAGCUAGAGAAGGAUAAAAUCAUUGCAUCUCGAUACUUUUCGCCACCAAUUGAUCUGCGAAAGAUGAAGAGAGCCGAUGGGAAACUCAGACCAAUAAUUUAUGUGACUUCGAGUGGAUCAAAGAAUCUUACCAACUCUAAAAUUUACAGACUCACAGUUCCCUUAAUGACAUGCGACGAAAGCCAUCAGGUGGUUAGAGAUGAGAUUGAGAAUAACAGACACAGAUACCGCCAAACACAACCAUUGCAUCGCAAUCAAGCUCCUGCUGAUGACUUUGGGGAGACAGUACCAAAUCUGCGAAACACAAAGAAAACUGCUACUUUAAGAAGACCUUUACUGGCGGGUUCUUCAUUGAACGACAGCUUCGACUUAAGUUUUGACGGGAAAGCUCUUGAUCGAAGUGAUAUUUUCCGCAUGGUGGACUCUUUCAGUGUGGCUCAAUCGGAUGACGAGCCAGAAGAAGAUAAUAAUAACAGUUCCAACCUUCACUCCAAAAACGUUCUACCGGCUGAAAUGACAAGCUCUGCUUUUUAA